AUAUAUUUUUUCCUUCUUUUUUAUGUUUAUUUUUUAUCUCCCCUCUUCCUGGGAACCAAAACCAAACGAGUCAUGGAGCGGUCAAGCCCGGAAGACUGCCGGGGAUUACACUAUUACCACCCAAAAAAAUUUCCUUGCCAUGCCCCGUUUGGCCUUUUAACUGACAAUCUCCUCAACUAAUUAUCUACCCCGUUUUGUCUUAUCGCAUUACCAUGGUUGGUUAACGCUUUAGCAAUUCCUCUAUAACUGCCCUACCAGUUGGAAUGCGAAGCCCCCUCACAAUUCGCGCUCGUACCUAUAAAACCAUCCUCUCUUCACUCUCCCUUCCACCACUCCUCCCUGACCAGUGACCAGUGACCACCCACCAUGCCUUCGGUCUCCGACGAGUCCUUCCGUACCCUCCGCCUCCACCACCCUCGCCACUUCGAGUUCGAGUCCGUCCGUGAGGUCCCAGACUCGCACGCAUGGCCUGGCCUCCAUGACCACCCGUCCGUCGAGCCGUCCGGGCCCGACUCGGUGCCCGUGGUCGACCUUGCCAGCCCCGACGCCGUUCUGCUCGUGGGCCGGGCCUGCGAGGAGUGGGGCGCCUUCCAAGUCACUGGACACGGCAUAUCUUCGGACCUCCUAGAUCGCCUCGAGUACCAAAUCCGGCGACUCUUCUCCCUCCCCACCCAUCAGAAGCUCAAGGCCGCUCGUUCUCCCGGUAACAUCUCUGGCUACGGCCUCGCACCCAUCUCUUCUUUCUUCUCCAAGUUCAUGUGGUCCGAGGGCUUCACCAUCACCGGCUCCCCCCUCGAGCAUGCGCGCAAGCUCUGGCCCAAGGACUCCGGUGGAUUCUGUGAUGUCAUGGAGGAGUACAAGGAGGUGAUGAAGGAGCUGGCCGGGAGGUUGAUGCACCUGAUGCUUCUCUCGCUGGGCCUCACGGAGGAGGACAUCAGUUGGGCCGGCCCCGUAAGGGACUCGGGAGACUUGUCCGCCGUGCUGCAGCUCAACUCCUACCCGGCCUGCCCCGAGCCAGACCGUGCAAUGGGCCUCGCCGCCCACACCGACUCCAGCCUCCUCACCGUGCUGUACCAGAGCAGCACGAGCGGUCUCCAAGUCCUGCGGCCCGACCCGGCAAGGUGGGUGACGGUGCCUCCCCUUCCCGGCGCCCUCGUCGUCAACGUCGGCGACCUCUCUCACAUCCUCUCCAACGGCCAAUUCCGGACCGUCCUGCACCGGGCCGUCGUCAACCGGACGCGCCACCGUCUCUCGGCGGCGUAUAUAUGCGGCCCCCCGGCCCACGUCGGAGUGUCGCCCGUUGAUAAGCUCGUCGGCCCAGGCCAGGGCCCGGCCUACCGGGCCGUGACGUGGCCGGAGUACCUCAGCCUCAAGCGAAAACUCUUUAACAACGCUCUUGCGUCGAUCAAGCUUUCCAAAGAGGAAUGGGAGGAUUGCAGCAAUUAACAACUUGGCUUCGAGGGAGGAUGAUCAUGUGCGUGCAUCAUAAGAGCAGGAGUGAGAGAGCACUGAUGAAUGUGGAAACAGGAGUCGAUAGUGGAGUUUUUUCUUCUUCUUUUUUUUCCUUUUUUUUUUGGAGGAGAUGAUAGUGGAGUUCUUGGGGGAGUUCCGAGAGACGAGGUGGCGAUCGAGCAAGGCGAAUAAGGAGGACCUAGGGAUCGCAUCCAAUCAAAUGCGACGAAAGGGGUGUGGGCGCGCGUCCAAGGAGCGCAUGCAAACAAAACGUCAUCGUUUGUGCCUUUGUCUUGGGCUCUUUAAGAAGGGAAAAUUAGAGAAGGGGAGAGAUUUUUAGAGGAUUUCCAAUUUCAAA